AAGUGGUGGGAUGGAAGCAAGGUCAAAUAAGUGGGACGAAAGUACAAUUGAGGGUUAAAUUGGCGCUUUGCAUCAUUUAAGAAAAAGAAGGAUAAGUUGGAAACAGAAAUGGAUGCCCUUGGCACACUGAGAGAUUUGCAAUUGAAGGAAUCAGAGAUAUCAGAAAGAACAUCUGGGCCGAAAAAGAAGAUUCGUUUUUUCAAAAAGGAAGAGGAGAAUAUUAGGGGAAAGAUUUUACAGUUGAAGGAAGAAAAGAAUAAUGUUAUAAAAGAGAUAAGUCGUAUCAAGCCGGAUCUUUUAAAGCUGGAAAGUUUCAUUACUAACACAAGUGAAGAUAUUCGUAAACUUGAAAAAAGGAUAAACGAAACCUCUGAUCGCAUUUACGGAAAAUUCAGUAAGUUUGUAGUGAUCGGAAAAUAUUACGUCAGGACUCCUAACGUAGAGCUACAUUUGAAAUGCAGUAGUUAGGAAUAUCC